CAUAAAGUAUGCGUCAAAGCGGCACACAGUUUGAUUAAUGUUGACCACAUUGCUUGGCAGGUGACGUUCUGUUUUUCGUAUUCGAUCCCAAAGCUUUUUUUUGCUUUUUCCGUUUUUUAAUACAUUUCUGUGCUCUUUUCUCUUCUUCAUUUGGACUGCGCAAAACUACAAAAAACCACAAAACACCUUUAUUAUGCCGCAGCUGGGCUCUGCAAAAUACAUCAAAGAAUGGAUAGACACAGCGGGCACGCCGUUCCCGACAAAAGAAUGCCUCGCAGCGCUAGAGGUCGUUGGGAUUCGCACCGACUACGAUCUUCUACUGCAAUCUGACAUUCUCGAGCUAACCCCUGCCGCUCUCCACAGCCACAUAUGUGCGCUUAGGAUGACUGUACUUGCACACUUUGCUUCGCCCGGGUGCACUGCUCUGUCGCUGCUUGAAGCCAACCGCCAGGCAAACAACACGCAUGGACAGAGCACUGGGGACAUGGUUAUUGGCAGCAGCAUUCGGGAGUUGGACACCUUGCUUGGAGGGGGCGUCCGUAUUAGUCAAAUAACCGAGAUCUGCGGUAACGAGGGAUCAGGCAAAACACAAAUGUCUAUUGAGUUUGCCACUGCGCAUCUCGUUCCAAAGCCUCAACAGCUGCAGCAGGCGCAGCAGGCACAACAACAACAACUAGCAACGGAAGAACACGAAAUCCCUAGAACAAAAGUGUACUAUAUGAGCUCGAGCCCGCUGUCCAUAUGGCGGGUGGAGCAGACGCUCAGGAGGAGACUCAAAACAUAUCCGGCUGGCUCACAAGAUGUCAUGUUUCGAUCGGCGAUGGAGCGGUUGAUCAUUGUUGACUGCGAAGACAUAGACGCGCUACUCACAUUUCUAUACAAGUAUGCCGAUGCCCGUGACUCGCUUGCUGCCGAGGAGGAGCAGCAGCAGCAGUGUAAUGAAUCCACAACGGACCUUCUUAUUAUCGACAGUAUCCGGCCGCUGCUCCUCAAUGUGAUCAGGCUUGAGGGUGAUGCUUCAAUUGCCACGCAUGCGGUGAAGACCGUGCUUCGUCGGAUCACUAGUGUGCGGGCGCCGGCUAGAGUUGCAGUGAUAAUUACAAAUGGCGUGGCGCAGCGCAAUGACUGGCAAACCCCGGCUUCUUUCGGGCUGAGUCACGAGCAGCUGGCUGCAACACGAUUACAGCCUAGUUUGGGCGCUGCGUGGGUAUUGGUGAGCCAUGUGCACUUGUAUCUUAAAAGGUAUGACCAGCCGAGUGCUGACAAUAGUACCAGUAUGACUAAUGGCUUGAUGUAUGGACAAUGCAGGACCGUGGUGGUUGUCCUAAAGUCGCAUGAUUCGGCUACGGCCAGGAUUGCCGAGUUUGACUUUUGAUUUUUGAUUUUUGAUAGCAACACAUGCAUAACCUUUACUGUCGAAUGUUUUGAACUUAAACUGUAAAUUAAAACAUAAUGCUACCAAAUAUGACUGAAAAAAGCUUGAAUGAAAACAUAAAA